AUGUCGGCUAAUCUUAUGUCCCGAACUCCCUCGACUGCGACGCCUACGUGGCAUCACUUCGAGCGGAAGCUCGAGGAGGUCAAGCCUUCCAAGACUGAUAUCAACUAUUUGGUCAUGGAUUACCUCAUCACAAAUGGCUAUCCUGCCGCUGCGAACAAAUUCGCAGUUGAGGCCAAUAUCCAACUCAGAACAGACCUGGAAUCUAUCCAGGAGCGAGUUGAGAUCCGGACUGCGAUUUACUCGGGUGAUAUCCAGUCGGCUGUUGAAAAAAUCAACGAGCUCAACCCUCAGAUUCUUGAUGAGGACCCAUCUCUGCACUUUGCCCUGCUGCGCUUGCAGUUGGUUGAGUUGAUCCGCACCUGCAUGGCCAUCCCAGGCAGCGACAUCAGCCCAGCCCUGGACUUCGCGACCUCGCAGCUUGCACCUCGUGCUCCCACGAAUCCCCAGUUUCUGGAGGACCUCGAGCGCACACUUGCCCUAUUGAUCUUCCCCAGUGACAACUUGGACCCGUCCCUUGCAUGUCUUCUGGACCCCGCGCUUCGUAAAGAUAUCGCUACCCAAGUCAACGAGGCCAUUCUGCAGAGUCAGGGCGCUCGUAAAGAGGCCCGUCUGCGCAAUCUUGUGAAGCUUCGGGCGUUUGCCGAAAGGAAGGCCCGAGACGCCAAGAGAGACAUUCCAGACACCCUGGACAUUGGCUUAGUCGGCGAUUCUCACAAAAAAUCCAGUAAUGAUCUUGCUACUAACAUUUCCGACACCUUGAUAUCUCACAACAGUGAUGUUGACCCAAUGAUCUCCUGA